UUAACAGAUACAUGCAUUUUCUUACAGCUUCCCUGAGCAACCAUGUUGUCUUACUCAUUCUGCAUGAUUGCAGCAGCAGUUGCUUUACUAAUGCCUUGCCAGGCACAAAACUGUGCAGGAGCUCCUGAGCUACCCAGUAUCCCUGGAGUUAGUGGACUGCCUGGUCUGGGAGGUCUCAGUAGAUAUUUAGGAGGUCUACUGCAGCCUUACAGAAAAGAGAAACUUACUGAACGUCAGUGGUUACAAAGACAGCAAGAUCUAUCUAUUUCUUUUGAUGAUGAACUCCGCAAUGUUUUGCUGAAUCUAAGACAACGACUUUUCCAGCUUGAAGGAGUGCUUGCUUUGAAUGGGAAAAUAACAAAAGUAGGAGAGAAAAUAUUUGCCAGCAAUGGAAAGGAAGUCAAUUUUUCAUCUGCCCUAGAAUCCUGUGAAGAGACUGGAGGAACUCUUGCAACUCCCAUGAAUGAGGAGGAGAAUAAAGCUAUUAUGGGCAUUGUGAAACAGUAUAACCGAUAUGCUUACUUGGGUAUUAAAGAGAGUGACACUGCAGGUCAAUUUAAGUACAUGAAUGGCCAACCUCUGAAUUAUACCAACUGGCAACAGUAUGAGCCUAAUGGCAAAGGGACAGAAAAAUGUGUAGAGAUGUACACUGACGGAAAGUGGAAAGACAGAAAAUGCAACCUGUACCGCCUCACAAUCUGUGAAUAUUAGAGAAUGACCUUUCAAGCACCUGAGAACGAACGUGAGACCAUGAAAUACCCUGUUUCAUUCAGACUGAUGCAAUUUCUGCAAUUAUUCUAUGUCAUAAAAUCUAAAAUGAAUCAUAUUACUAUAUAUUUUUAUGCUUAAGAAAAUGCCAAAUGUAGAAGGUGAUUAACUUACUUAAUUAAAAUGUGCAUAAUCUGA